CUUACUGACACGCCCCAGCUCAGAAACUCGGAGAUUCCUACUCGUAAUUCUGACUUUUUGAUGCCAUUCAUGUGCAUUGAAUGCGCAUAAAUAUGAUCUUUCUGUGCAUUUAACUCAUAAAUACGAUCUGUCUGACAUGCCUUGAAAGCACUGUUAUUGUAAAUGCGGACUAUUUCACACACUUAAAUGCAGAUAUACAGCUGAAUUUGUGAUUUAGUCACAAUGAUGUUUUAUCUACUGCAGUUACCAUCCUAUACUACUGUACUACAUAAAUCUUAUGUAAUUAGAGUAUAGCAAUACAUUAACAAUAGAUUCCACAUCAGAAAUGAAAAGUUAUAGACCAAAACACAAUACGUACUUUGGGCAUCUUAGAGAUCAGAAAUAGGUUUGAUAUCAGGGUUUAGAUUGAAACAAUAAAGGAAAUAAUAAUACAGCAUGUUAUUAGAAGGAAGGAAGGAAGGAAGGAAGCAAGGAAGGAAGGAUAGUCUGAGAACUAACAUGAAAUAACACAAAUAAUCUGCUCUAAAUAUCACAAAAAUUCAAUUUCACAGAAAUAAAAUUGAAGAUGUUUUUUUAUAAUAAUAACAAUAAUAAUAUGUUGAAAAUAAUAGUGUUUUUUUUUUCCUCAAUCUUGUCCUGUAACUCAUUGUCUUAUGGCCUCAACAGUCAGAUGAGAUCUGUACCAACUUCACCGCAGUGCAGGAAGAAAUCGUCAACAUUCACAAUACGUUUCGGAGAGAAGUCAUUCCGACCGCUACCAACAUGCUUAAGAUGAGCUGGAGCGACGAAGUGGCCGCUUCGGCUCAGCGGUGGGUGGAUACCUGCGCGAUGGCUCACGGCCCGCCCAGCAGCCGCAUGCUCGGAGACUAUCAAAUGGGGGAAAACCUGUUACAAAGCUCCAAUAUAUUGUCGUGGACGGAUGUCGUGACAGCAUGGCAUAACGAAGUGGCCAAUUACAAUUAUCCCAAAGGGUCCACCAAUGGGAAAUCCAUCGGCCACUACACACAGGUGAUCUGGUUCGGCUCGUAUGAGGUCGGCUGUGGUGUGGCUAAGUGCGGGGGCUUAUAUUUCUACGACUGUCAGUACUACCGAGCAGGGAACUACAAAAGAGUGCCUCCCUACACUCUGGGGGAACCCUGUGCUGCCUGUCCGGAUAACUGUGAAGACAAACUGUGCACCAAUCCUUGCCCUUACGUCAACAAGUUCGCCAAUUGCCCGCAGUUGAUGUCGAAUGUCCCAUGCAACAACUACAUGGAAGUUUGGUGCUCAGCUCAGUGCAACUGUCACACCAAGAUCAUUGCUACUAACUAGGAAAAG